GUAACUUAGUCCGUGGCGUGCAUACCUACAUGUUUCCUAUAUAGCGUUUGCAGUUUGCAGUUUGCAGUUUGCACUGAUGCACUCUCGUGCGUCGUGUAUAUUUUUUCGAAGUGGUAUAUAAUGAAAUCGGAGAGAAAAAAAUAAGUGUACAUUUUUACAAUUAAAAAAUGUUUCUGAGAGAAGCCGAAAACACAUCAGCUGUUGCGCACACUAGAUAAUACAAAAUUUUAAUGAUGGAGUUGAACGGAAUGGGUAUGGGAAUCGGAGUUGGAGUUGGUGUUGGUUCCUCACCUCCACCAUCUUCAUCCAGUACUGUAAAUCCUAAGAAGAAGCGAAGGACAAACACCAACACGGCACAAGCUACGCAACGCACUCCAGCCAUGCAGGACUUUGUACCUCCUCCAUUGUCAGGAUUUGGUGAUACAGUUGUGGCUAGCAAUCCUUUUGAUGACACUCCACAACCAGGUUUGAAUCCUGCUAUGCACAAUGGUCCACAGCAAAUGCAUCCUCAUCACCCACACCAUUUGGGAAACCCACAAAUGCGUGGGAUGAAUCCAUUGGCAACCGGUAACAUGAAUCCUAUGAUGCCACAUAUGAGUAACGUGAAUGCCAUGAAUAACUCAACCAUUGGCAAUCAUAUGGGACACAUGGGUAACUUACCUAAUACAAAUCAUCCACCAAUGAACAAUAUGAAUCCAAUGAAUAACAUGCGACCGAAUAUACCGCAGGGUUCUCUGGGCCCUAUGAAUAAUCAUAUGAAUAUGAAUCAUAUGAUGAAUUCUCAAAUAAGUGGUCCAGCAAUAAACAGUCCAAUAAAUGGAAUGAAUCAUAAUAUGGGAAGUCCCAUGGGAGGACCGAUAGGUUCUCCUAUAAACAGUAUGAGUCCUAAUCAUAUGACGAACAGUACUUUAAAUGUCUCAGCAAUGAAUGCGACAAAUACUGCUCUUUCGCACAAUGCGCCUCAACCUCAUCCAAAUCAUUUGAACAGUAUACGUACUGGCUUAAAUAGACCUCAUAAUAUGCCUUUGACAACAAUGAGCUCUACCGUACCAAACGCUAUGAUCGGUAACAAUCAAAUGAAUAAUUUAAACAUGAUAAGAUCACAAAUUACUAAUAUUCCAAAUGUGAAUAUGAAUCAACGCAAUCCAUUGGGACACAUGGGUAAUCCUAUGAGUAAUGUUUCCAAUAACUUAAGUGGAAAAUCUCCUAGUCAUGGAAUUAAUAUUGGCAAUGCAAUGCCUCAACAUGGAUUACAAGGACCUCCAUCAUUAGGACCAAAACCAAUACCAGAGUCAACUGGUAAAGUAUAUCCACCGGAUCAACCAAUGGUAUUCAACCACCAGAAUCCAAAUGCCCCACCAAUCUCGCCAUGUGGAGUUUGCCAUAAAGAAGUCCAUGCGAAUGACCAAGCAAUACUUUGUGAAUCUGGAUGUAAUUUUUGGUUCCAUAGAAGGUGUACAGGAUUAUCAGAAAUUGCUUACGAUUUGUUAAUGCAUGAAGUCUGUGCCGAAUGGGCUUGCGAUAGGUGUAUGAAUUCGAAAAAUGUGUCGUUGGUCAAGUUUAAACCGUAAAAUACUUCAGUUAUGUGCUUAUGUCAUUAUCAGUUUAUAUAUAUAUAUAUUAUAUAAAUAAUUAGGUUAUUUCAAUUACAUUUUUUAUGAUCAUCGACGUAUACUAUAAAACUUGUUAAUAAUUUACAAAAUCAUUAAAAUUUAUUUAAUAAUAAAAAAAAUUUAAUACCUAUUUUUUAUUUAAUGUUUAAACAUUCUUAUGCAUUUCAUUGGUUUUCAUUGAAUUUGUAAUUUUGCAAAUUCUACAGAGCUUUUAAUAUUUUUACUCUACAAGUGCCUAAUGUUAUGCAAAUGCAAAACAAUUAUUUUAUAACAUGUGUGUGUUUAUCAUCUUUCAAAGAAUUCGAAAUAAAUUUUUAUCUCUGCUAACUUGCAGCUGGAUGUUCUUUAACAAUGCAAAUCAUGCCUAUUAAAAUAAGACAAGUAAAUUUGUCAAGUUGUUUGCUUACUUUGCGGAUAGAGUUUCCAAGUGGUCAUUUAGUAAAUAGAUCUAAAUAAUUUUUUACAUUCUAUAAAUAAAUAUGAUAAAUUCGAAGAACUUGCAGUCAUAUAAAGUAUUAUUAGAAAAGGAAUCUCCUUAGUAUUUUGGCAUUCAUUUAAUCCUAAUAUCAAAUUAAAAAUAUAUAACAAUGGUUCAAGGUUGAUCAAAAGUGUAUACAUUAUUUCUUAAUUGAGUUUAUUCAUAUAUCACUUGAAAAAUACAUUCUAAUAUUCUCUUAUUUAUAUGUGUAAUAAAUUUUUUCAAUAUAAAAAACAAUAUAUGUUAGUUCUUAGAUAUAUAAACGGCCACGCAGUUCGUAUUUACAUUGUAAAAUUAAAACGUUUUAACGUUUCAGAUCGUGCUAUUAGUCUUUUAACUUUCAUAAUUUCAAGAUAUUGAAAAUAUUAGUCGUUGCUCAUGGGCUUAUGUAUGAUAUUUUCUUAAAAUGGCAAGCAUGAUUUUGUGUAAAUUGUGCGUCAGAUUAUCGAUUUGAAAAUAAUACUUAGUGUAUACUUAUUAUAAUUUACAAAAAUCCAUUGUACAAUGCCAAACAAUAUGAAAUUCUUCAUUGUUUACAUUUUGUCAUGGUAAUACUUACAAAAGUUUUUUAUCAAAAUUUGUACAAACGAACAAAAA